AUCUUUUACUGUAUAUUUUUCAAAAAAAAAAAGCUUUUUUAUAUUGUUUUUCUUAUAUAUCAAAUCAAAAAAUGGUGGUUUAUCGAAAUAUUCAAAAUACUCAUCGUCCUACUAAUGCUUCAUUAACACUGGUUAUCAAAGUGGGUACAUCUUCUAUUUGUGAUGAAAAGACACAUUAUCCUCUUUUGGGUAAUUUAUCAAGGAUUGUGGAAACUAUUUUAAGGCUAAAACAACUUGGUCAUCGUGUGGUUUUGGUCACUAGUGCUGCUGUUGGAACUGGAUUACGAAGACUCAAUAUGUCAGAAAAACCAAAGAAGCUUGCAGCCGUCCAGGUAAAACAUGCUAUCGCUGCUGUUGGUCAAGGUCGAUUGAUGAGUAUGUAUGAUGAUUUAUUUGGUCAAUUCAAUCAGCCUGUAGCUCAAUUAUUACUUACUAAGAAUGAUCUUGCUCAACGAACACAAUAUUUAAAUGCUGUGAAUUGUCUUGAAGAACUAUUGGAUAUGGGUGUUGUGCCUAUCGUUAAUGAAAAUGAUACUAUUUCUGUUUCGGAAAUCAAAUUUGGAGACAAUGAUACCCUAUCAGCCAUUACAGCCGGCAUGGUGAAAGCUGAUUAUUUAUUCUUGAUGACAGAUGUGGACUGCUUGUAUACUGAUAAUCCACGCACAAAUCCUGAUGCCCGACCGAUCCGUGUAUGUGAAGAUAUUGAAGCCCUUCGUCAAGAAAUCAAAGUGACAGCUCCAGGUUCUGCUCUAGGUACCGGAGGAAUGGUGACCAAAUUAGUUGCUGCUGACCUUGCCACUGCUGCUGGUGUGACCACAGUGAUUGCUCGUGGAGCGACGCCCGAAAACAUCCUACCCAUCAUUGCCGAUGCCAACCCUGCUCCUCCUCAUACCCGUUUUGUUGCACAACCACAACCUCUGAUUGAUCGCAAAUGGUGGAUUCUCCAUGGUCUUCAUACUGCUGGUACUAUCCAUAUCGAUACUCAAGUAGCCGAAGAAAUUGCUAUGGGUGCCGCCAAACAGAAAUCACCCACUUCACUGUAUGCUCACUCUAUCUCCAAGGUGGAAGGCAAUUUUGUCGAACAUCAGGCUGUCCGUAUGGUCGUUCAUCAUACUUCAAAUCAAGGUGUCAAGGAUACCGUUACCGUUGCAAAAGGUAUCGUCAACUAUUCCGCUGCUGAAAUCAUGCGUAUUAUGAAGGCCGAAGAAAGCAACAUUGUCGACUCCCUUGGUUAUACCGAUUGUGAUUGUAUUGUAGAUAGUGAAAACAUGGCCAUCUCCAUAUAGUUUUUUUUUCCUCACCCCCUCUUCUCUCUCUAUUUUUUUUUUCUUUCCUUUUUUUUUCUUCC